AUGUCUCAACCAUCCAGCUCGCCCUCUUCGUCCUCCGAAACUUCGUCCCCGACUCCGUCCAUCUGUUCCCUCGUCGGCGACGAACGCCAGACCAUCCUCUCUUACCUCCCUGUCGAAGCCAAGCUCAUCGCCGUCGGACCGGCGCGCGUUUACCACGCCCCUUCGGUACCUCCCAAGAGUCUUGGCGAGCCGUUUGAGCCAAAAUACUGGUUCAGGCUCGUAGAUGUGGACGGAGGAAAAGGAAUUGUGUGGUUCCACGAGAUCCCAUCCGACCUCGACUACCAGACGGACAAGCCGUUCUUCCACACCUUCUCUGGUGUUUCGCGCAUGUUUGGCUUCCGCUUCGACGAAGACUUCGAUGCGGACAAGUUCCGCACUCGUAUCACCAGCCGCAUCACGCUCGCUGCCCCGCGUGCGCAGAGCACAGACGGCCGACCGGCAGCGAAGCCCCUCCCCGCUUCGCCGCCUGCUGCAGCGUCUGCGCCCCUCCCGCGCCCUCUCCCCGAGCCGCCCGCGCGCGACCUCUCGCCAGCUGCCAUCGCCCAGCCCCAGCCCCCCUCGCCGCGCUUCAACCACCCUGCGCUCCAGCAAGUCCAGCCCGCACCUGUGCACGAGCGAAAGCCCUCGCGCGGACGCAAACUCUCUGCAAGCAUGAUCUCCGCGCCCUCCCCCGGAUCAUUCGUGCACGUCGCGCACGUCGGGCUCGACGCCCCGCUCAACUCGGUCCCGAUCCCCUCCGACCGCUCUCCGCGCUCUUCCCCCUCGUCCUCUGCUUCGUCCUCCGCCGUGUCCACACCGUCGUCCUCUCCACCAAGCACGAGCCCUUCGGCGCGCCGCGCGCGCCGCUCGCCGUCACCCAGCCCGCGCAAGGCUGCGCUCGACCUGGACGCAGAUGACGGCUGGACUCUGAUCUACAAAGAGCUGGAAGGCUUCGGCCCCGACAUCCUCGACCUCCUCCGCGGGCGCGACAUCAACUUCGUUGAGGGCUUCCUCGCCGGCGCCAAGGCGAGCUUGAUGCAGGAGCUCCACAAGACCCCCGAGCCUGCGCCCGCACCCGCACCCGCGCCCGCACCUACGCGGCACCACGCCUACCACUCGCACCCGCUGCAGCACCACUCCGCGCCCGCGUCGACGACCGUGCCUGUCCCGCCCGCGUCGCUCUCGGCGCCCACAGCGCCGCUCGUCACGGGCCCGUACGGCCCGUACCCGACGCCGGUCCCGGUCGUCAUCCCGAACCUGAGCAUGAUGGGCGGGGCCGGGGGCGCGCGGAGCGGGGUGAAGCGCACGCCGUCGGAUGCCGGCUUCGUCCCGCGCGGGUGCGUGCCUGUGCAGCGGAAGCGGAUCCCAGUGUAUUAUUGA